AUGUCUACGGCACAUAAUAUAUCUCGAUCGCUAAGGCGGGGGCUGGCUUCGUGCAGUUGCCGCCCUUGGGCUUCCUCAUUUAACUCCUCGCGACCAUCCGGCGCAUCCCUUUCAUAUCGGCGCAAUGUUAGCAUAUACCCUACCUCGACUCUAGGAUUUCGAUGUCUAAGUUAUUCUUCACGGUUAUAUAACAAUGGAAUCGCUGGAAACAAGGGUAGCAAGGCGGAAGAGCAGCUUGCGCCUGGACAAACGAAGGGCGAACUUGAGGUUGGAGAGAUGGAAGGCAUCACUUUCAAAGUAGAGCCAUUAAAGAGAAAGGGAGAAGAUAACAGCACGAAGAGAGCCAGGUUGCUAUACCAGAGCCGUAAACGAGGGACCCUAGAGUCAGACCUGCUCCUGUCGACGUUCGCAUCUACAUAUCUGGGCAAGAUGACAGGUAGUCAACUGGACGAAUACGACCGGUUCCUGGACGAAAACGAUUGGGACAUCUACUACUGGGCGACUCAGGAACCACCAUCCGAGUCCGAGGUAGCUGAGGGCGCGUCAAAGGCCAAGGACGAGCUGACGGAUACGUGGAAGAGCGGCGCAGCGAAGAGCGGGGAAUGGGCUCAGACUGUGGGAGCUUUCAAGCCUGCAUACCGACCUGUCCCCCAGCGCUGGGCUGACUCGGAGAUUCUCUCUCUGCUGCGACAGCAUGUCCAGAGCAAGAAGGCUGGAGAUGAAAGCAUCGAGGGAAACGGCGGCGGCCUGGGACGCAUGCCCAACAUUGAGCUCUUCAAGUCUUAG